UAUUAGCUGUCAUCUCUUUCCCAUUCUUCAAUACUUGUCUUUUUUAUAUUUCAUUGCUUUUUCCUCUCAGUCUUCAAUCUUCAUGAAAUUCUAGUUUUAUUACCUUAGAAAGAAGAAGGAAAAAAAACCCUAAAACCCAAAUCCUCUGUUUUUCAUUUGAUAUGCAGUUUGGUAUUGAAGCCUUAACCAUAUGUCCAAAGAAGAACCAAACUGAGAAGCAUUGCAAUUUUUGUAUGAUGACUUCAAGUUUCGUUUCUGAAUCGGCGGCUUCUUGGGUCAUUGGUGAUUACAUUGGUAUGGAAAGCUGCUUUGAUCUCUAUAACAACGACCAGGUUUGCAGUGGUGGUGGUGGUGGUGACGGCGGCCGUGUUUUCCGUGAAAGCCGUGUGAAGCGAGGACAGCGGUGUAGGAAGGAGUUCCCUCCGCCGAUACCGUCGCUUGCUCGCACCGAGAAUCAACCACCUCAUAUGCCUUGGGUGCUUCAAAGGUAUUACACUAAUGACGGACGGUUGAUUCUUAGAGAAGAGAAGGUUAAACACCAUGAAUAUUUCCGGGCUCAUCGAUCCAAUGGUCGUUUAACAUUGCAUCUUAUUCCCUUGGAUAAUGAGGAUAAUGAUACAGAUGUAGAAGAAGAAGAAGCAAAGGAAGAGGAUGAUCAAGGUAAUGUUGUUGUUGAAACUUCGAUUAAAGACAAUAAUGAGAGUGAAGAAUCAAUGGUGAAAUGUCCAGUUGGUGAUAAUAAUGAUAAUGGGAUAGCAGCAAAUGGAGGGAAGUGCAUGAACUACAGCAGUGUAAGAACAAGUCCCACAUGUUUUCUGGGUUUGCCAGCAAUCAGGCCAGUUCACUCUUAGCUUAGUUACCCAAAAUAAUAAACUCUUUUAAGGGUAAAAAAUGAGGUGUCGCUUUUAUUGGAUAAAUGGAAAUAUGUACGAUCCAACAGCCUUAGAAACCCAUUUUUCUCUUUUUCUUAUUUUCCCCCUACUUUCUUCUAUUUGGGUGGUCAUCUUCAUUGAUGUGAUAAAAAGAGUGAGUUGGCCUUUUCAUACCCUUUUUAAGGUUAGUGGCAUUAGAUUUUAGAGGCUUUCAAAGGGUUUCCGAUAGAUAUUUCAUUUAUUAGGGAUAAUUGCUUAUUCUUAUUUCCUUUUUCUUUCUUGGGUUUAUCUAGCUGGUCAUUGUGAUAAUGUCUAGCUUAUUCCAUGCUAAAUGUUGCUAUUUCCUUACCAUUUUUUUCCAUUAUAUUUUGCAAAAGAAAGGAUAUGGUAUUAUUGGGAUAUAAAACCAGCACAACAUAUCACAUGGAAAGGUGCAUUUUGAUGGGAAGGGGGAAUGGGUUAAUACGAGCACUUUGC